AUGUCAGACUGCUACGGGGGCCUGGGCAGCUACAGAGGUCUUGGGGACGGCGUGGCUAUUGGAGGCUACGGCGGUGGCAUCGGCGGUGGCAUCAGUGGUGGCAUCGGCGGUGGCAUCGGCGGUGGCAUCGGUGGUGGCAUCAACGUCGGCCUCGCUGGAGGUAGAUCUGAAGGAAUUCGGGGCGUCAGCAUCCACCCAGAGCUCCUCAAGCCCCUCUGCGUGGGGGUCGACCCCGAGGAGUGCCAAGUGCGGACCCAUGAGAAAGAGCAGAUCAAGAACCUCAACAACCAGUUUGCCUGCUUCAUCGACAAGGUCCGGCUGCUGGAGCAGCAGAACAAGGUGCUGACCACCAAGUGGGAGCUGCUGCAGCAGUACGUCCUGCCAGCUUCCAGGAGAAACCUGGAGCCUGUUUUCGAGAACUUCAUCUGCAACCUGAGGAAGCAGCUGGAGUGUGUGCUGGGGGAGCGAGAGAGGCUGGAAAACGAGGAGCGGUGCCUCAGGGACCUGGUUCAAGAGUACAAGUGCAAAUAUGAAGAUGAGAUCAACAAGCGCACGGCUGCAGAGAACGAGUUUGUGGUCCUCAAGAAGGAUGUGGACUGUCUCUACCUGACCAAGGAGGAGCUGGAGGUGAGAGUGGGGCUCCUGCGGCAGCAGCUGGAGUUCCUGAAGUGCAUCUACGCCGAGGAGAGAGCUCAGCUGGAUUGCCAGCUGUGUGACACGUCCGUCAUCGUGCAAAUGGACAACAGCCGGGACCUGGACAUGGAGGGCAUCAUCAAGAGUGUUGAGUGCUGCUAUGAGGAGAUUGCCCAGAAAAGCAAGGCUGAAGUGGAAGCUUUCUACCAAACCAGACUGGAGGAGCUCCACAGCAGCAGGGGCAAGUUCUGCGAUGACCUGCGGAACAACCAGAGCGAGAUCGCUGAGCUGAACCGGAUGAUCCAGAAGCUGCAGUGCGAGUCAGACAACGUGAAGAAACAGAUCGCAGCUCUGCAGACAGCCAUCUGCGAUGCUGAGCAGAGGGGUGACUGUGCCCUCAAAGAUGCCCGGCAGAAGCUGAUCGACCUGCAGACUGCGCUGCAGCAAGCCAAGGACAAGAUGGCAUGCUUGCUGAGAGACUACCAGGAGCUGCUGAACGUCAAGCUGGCCCUGGACAUUGAGAUUGCCACUUACAGGACGCUGCUGGAAGGAGAAGAGAGCAGGUAG